UUCGUAUUUGUUACAUUAUUAUUUAUGUCUAUUUUUUAAUUACGAUUCAAAAGUCGAGAAUUAUUAUGACUUUCCCUCAGUUUUAUGUAGCUCUUUAGACCGCCAAGUUGAACAUUUCUCAAUAUGUUGAUUCUUGACGUCGAAUGAUCUGGUCGUGGUUGUGUGUUUGUAACGAUGCAGUAAUGAUAAUGCGAAAGAUAACAAUUUGCAGUGAGCUGGUGACUAUUAAUUCUCGAGUUGCUAUGGUUCGUUAUGAAGUGGAAAUGUCACUAAAUUUUAUUUUGUUCCUAUUCAGAGGGACACAAAACUAAAGCUAAUUCUUUUAUGAUACAAAAGGUUUAACUUUCCAAGUGAAAACACCCAACAAUAACAGAAUAAUAAGUUCGUAAGAAUCAAGGUAGGCUAAUCGGUAGAAGUUGAUUAUUGAUGCUAGGACUAAGUAAAAACAAAUUACGCGAUGUUAAUAGGACAUUGAUCUAACAACGAUAGGCCCUAUAAUGACUUUACCAUUUUGCUUGAUAACAUUCAUCUCCACGAAACCUCAUUCCGAAGGGAACAAAGGGAAAUGUCGCUUAUCAAUCAUUAUGCUAACAUCCUUUUCAUAAUCUUGAUUGACACUAAACUUGGUUGCUCAAGCAAAGCAUAAUGGGGGAGCUAAAAGUCGUCUGUUUUUAACCUUUCCCAAUCCCCACCCUGAAGUUGGCAAAUUGGUAUCUAACCCUUCCCUCUUUUGUUGGCAUUCCUCAAAUAUCUUACUAGUUUAUCAAUCUUAAAGCGUUGUUUAUGACUAAUUGUCGGGAUAUUAGUACCAAAGUUUAUAUGAGUGUUGUGAUUUUGGUCCAUCUAAUACUUUUGUGAUUUUGCUCAAGUGGUGAAGAAACAAGCCACAUCCCUCUCCAGAUUCUACAAACAGUUUUCCCCUGUCUCCCUAAAAAGCUCAACACUUUCAUUUCCCUCUUCAUUUUCUUUUCUUCAUAUUUUAUACAACAAGGAAAGGGAAGUCGUUAGGAAAAAGAAACCGUUACUUUCAGAAGGAGGAGGAGGCGAAGAUGUUGGGCUGCAGCAGGUGGUGGUCUACAACAAUACCUUGCGGCGGUUUAAUCAACCCAUCAUCGACUUCACCAUCAAGAUAUGGGAGUAUGAGUUACUCAAGUAAUGGGCUUGGUGGGCCCAAAUCAGCGGCUGCAGCAUCUCGAUCUCGAAGAAGGAGCCAUGCCGCCAUUACUGGUUCCGCAGAAGCUCACAGCAGCAGCAGAAGUAGGGAAGAGGAAGAAGGGAAGAGAAAGAAGAAGGUGUCUGUGAUUGGGUCUGGCUGGGCUGGACUUGGUGCUGCUCACCACCUCUGCAACCAGGGAUUUGAGGUUACUGUGUUUGAAGAUGGGAAUGGGUUUGGAAGUUCUGAUAAUGCUGGUAUCAUCCAAGGGUUUUGGUAUCCUUACAAGAACAUAUUUAGUCUGGUUGAUGAGCUGGGGAUCAAGCCCUUCACCAACUGGAUGAAGUCUGCAGUUUACUCCAGCGAAGGCUUGGAGGUUGAGUUUCCUGUAUUCCAAGAUCUUCAGCAGCUUCCAGCUCCAUUGGGAACCUUGCUCUACACUCAAUUCAAGCAGCUUCCAUGGGUGGAUAGAUUGAGUUCCCUUCCUCUCAUGGCUGCAGUGAUUGACUUUGACAAUACUGAAAUGGCGUGGAGGAAAUAUGACUCAAUCACUGCAAGGGAGCUUUUCAAACAGUUCGGCUGCUCUGAGAGGUUCUACCGCCAAGUAUUCGAUCCAUUGCUCCAUGUUGGUCUGUUUGCUCCGCCUGAGCAAUGCAGUGCAGCUGCUGCACUUGGAAUCCUGUACUAUACUUCCAUUGCUCACCAGAAAGAUUUUGAUGUGGUAUGGUGUCGCGGGGAAGUUAAAGAAACAAUCUUUGAUCCGUGGAAGGCUUCGUUGAGGUCUAGAGGCUGCCGGUUCAUGGAAGGAAGAGAAGUGAGAGAUUUGGUCUUCGAUGAAGGAACCAGUUCCAUUUCUGCAGUGUUUUGCAGUAGUGACGAGCUUGUCUAUGCUGAUGCUGUUGUUUUGGCUGUCGGAGUUUCAACUGUUCAGGAACUUGUUAAGAACAGUGCAGCAUUACGUUCAAGGGACGAGUUUUUGAAGGUUCUGAAAUUGGCUUCCAUUGAUGUGAUCACUGCUAAGCUUUGGCUUGACAAAAAGGUCAACAUCCCAAAUCCAAGCAACGCUUGUUCUGCUACAGAUGAGUCAUUCGGAUGGACAUUCUUUCACUUGAAUGCUCUUCGUGAUGAAUACAAAGACUGUCCACAUACAGUGCUUCAAGCCGAUUUUUUCAAUGCUAGCGAAUUCGUACCAUUAAAUGACGAUGAUAUCGCGAAGAGGAUCAUCUCCAACCUCGGCAAGUGUGCCAAUGACAUUGAGAAUGCCAGCUUGGUUGAUAUGGACAUCUCCACAUCUCCAAAGUCAUUAACCCAUUUCUUUCCAGGUUCAUACAAGCACAUGAUGAGAGGCUCCACAUCCUUCCCCAACCUGUUCAUGGCCGGGGACUGGAUCGUGAACCGCCAUGGAUCCUGGUCGCAGGAAAAAGGCCUACGUGAGCGGCUUGGAAGCAGCGAACCGAGUUGUGGAUUUGGUUGGAAAAGGAAGCUUUGCCAAGAUCAUCCCGGUUGAAGAAGAUGAAGCCCAUGUUCAAGCUCUACGCAACUUCAACAGGCAGCUCAAUGAUCUCAGAGCUCAAUGUCGUGGGAGGACAAGAAUUUGUGGGUUCACCUCUUGUUCUGGACUUAUAUGAUCAUUUUUCUUUCAUUGGGUACCCACCAUGAUAGUGACCACAAAGAGAGGAAUGAGGUAGGAAGUUUCCCACAUUUGUCACAUGCUAUGGGACCCAACUUAAAUUACUGGUCUUGGUUGUUAUAAUUAUAAAUAGCUUGGAUGGGAAAUGGUCCAGUCUGGUCGAGAUCGGGAUGGACUGACACUUAGUAAAUAAUACGAAAAUGUGGAUUCGAAGUCGAAUCAAAGAUUGAUUUGAUA